CAAAGUGCAACGAAUGUCACCAUUCUAGUGUGGUUUGUGAAAGAAGUUGUUGCAUCGUAAAGUUAUUGCCUUUGAUAUAUCGUCCUUCGUUUGUACCGUAAUAAUUCACGUAAAAGUAUAGUUUUUUACUAUUAAAUAUGGAUGAAAGUCUAUUGAAAGAAAUUCAUUACCUGACACACUUAAUAGAACAUCAUAAGAAGAAAUCGUCGGAAAAAGUAUACUGCGUAGAAAAAAGUCUACAAAGUCAAAACUCUGGCUUUACAAAGUCCCACAAACAUCCAAAUUUACUUCAGAAAUGCGAACCAUUUUCCAGAACUUUUAAUAGUACUUUGAAUAAUGAAUUAACGAGUACUAAUGUACACAUAAACCCAAAUUUCAAACAUCAAAAUUCUGCUAUACAUAUCAAUCCAACGUUGCGCAUGAAACCUUUAGUACACAUUAAUCCGAAAAUGAUGAGAGGCGUCAUUAAUUGCAAUGAAAAUAUAGGAUGUAAUCCUGUAAAUGUAGUAACAAAUGUUAAACAGAAUUCUUUGCAAGAUCAAAACUCUUUGAAAAAGUCGGUGUAUGUGAAUCCAAAAUUAAUGAAAAAAUUGUCUUCCUCGUUGCAAUCUAAACCAAUAGAACACAAAGAAAUAGUAGUACAGAAUAUAACUCAUCCAGUUUGUUCAAGACUAAAAUUCGUAAAGGGUACAAAUACUUCAAAAACUGUUCACGGUCAGAAAAGAGUUAAUAAUUCUAAUAUUGUAAUUUUGUCACAAAGAAAACUUAUACGUGUAAAGCGGGGAUCGAGAAGAUCGUUAGGUAGUUCUCAAAUAGAACUUUAUAGAAUAAAAAAAUCGCCAAGUUCGUUAUUAAAAAAUGUCAAGCCUAUAUCCCACAAAGCGACGAAAACGAAAAUAAUAAAUACUUUACAACAAUCAAUUAGAAGAGAUACUAAUUUUGCAAAAUUACCAAUUAUAAAACCUAAAAUAAACAAGUAUAGAAUAGAUAGAACUAUACCAAAAACAAUGAGUGUCAAAGAAUAUACAAAUCUUAGUAGGAAAAAAAUUAUGAGUAACAAAUUGGAACUAAUUACGAUUGGAGGAGUUGUUUACAAGUCUUCCAAGAAUCAGUUAGUACGUAAAAGCUACGGAGUAAAAAGAAAACGCGCAACAAAUGUAAAAACUGAUAAAUUUAUCGUGGCCACUAAUGGGAAAAAGUUGUGUAGGUUAAAAUCUGUGAAACAAACGUCAGGAAAUUCCAGUACCAAAACAUUCAAUGCGCUUGCUGGAACAAAAUUAUUAUCUAACAUAUCGCAGAAAGUAAACUAUAAAAAUAAUAUCAGCAAUAAAGUCAAACAAAGGAGUAUACAAAUAUUACGGAACAAAAUGCAAAAAAAUAAUCAACCUUGUUUAAUAUUCCAACGAUUUGGGUACUGUUCAAAUCAUGAAAAAGGGACUUGCGUUAAACGUCAUGAUAAAAAACAAAUUUCUCUAUGCAAGAAAUUUCUCCAAGGCAAUUGUUUACUGGAUAAGUGUCCUCUGUCUCAUGAUGUAGGUCCGGAAAAAAUGCCGACUUGCAAAUACUUUUUAGAGGGUUGUUGUACGCGGGACGGAUGCCCGUACCGUCACAUUAAAGUUUCUUCCAGUACUCCGAUUUGCAGAGAAUUCUUGCAGGGAUACUGUGCUAAGGGUCGCGAGUGUAAGGAACGUCAUGAAUAUCUGUGUCCCGAGUUUGAGAAGAUGAAAAAGUGCAGUAAAGGUAAGAAUUGUCCUUAUCCUCACAAGCUAUGUUCAUCUUUUAAUAAGCAAAAUCAUUACAAAAGAAAGUACAGUCAAGUAGAAUCUCCUAUGCCGAGUGAUAUAUCUACUUCUAACAACGAAAACAGGCUUAGAUACUAUGAACAAACAGAUAAUAACGUUGACAGCAAAUGUCUUGAUAAAAAAAGAGAAAAUAUUAUGAAAAAAUUAAAAUGUAUGAAAAGGGUAAUAGAAGCUACAAUCCAUUCUGACACGUUAAUUGAAAAAUCUGAUGACAAUACAAGUUUAAAAUCAAUUGACAAUAAUUGCGAAACGCAAAUCAUUUCCGACCCUAAAGUUUCAAAGCGACCUCCAAUUGGUUUUCUUCCUGCUUACAUACCUAUCGAUUAAUGUAAACAGUUCGGUUACCUGUAAAGUUCUUUUUACACUUUUUUGAAAUUCCCUGCAUGUUUACGUAAUAUUGUUAUUUUUAGUAUAACAUCAAAUUUAUUAUUUGAUAAACACAGCAAUUUCUGUUUUAAGUAAUAGUACAUUUACAUUUGCUAUUACGGUUGCCCCUCGAAGUACGCAACCCUCCAUUCGUCUCUUUAAAUGUCUGGUAAUUGGAAACGACACACAUUAUACAUAAUAUGCAUAAACACAUGUAUAUUUAUUACUAGGUCGCGUAUAUUUAUAGUAUAAGAUGCAAAUAUAGUAUUUAUUAUAUUUUAAAGCACAGUAAGUUACCGUUUGUACACGUAUUAUUUAUACUUUGUAACAGUACAUUGUAAUUUUGGUUUGAUAUGUCCCUUUUUGUAUUUCUUUGAAAAUAUUUUUGUAAGCUACCAAUCCUUUUAUGCUUUGUUUUAAUUUUAAUGCGCAUAUCAUCAAAGGGUCUAUACACUCUAUCAUAAAAAGAGACCACAUUGGCAAUCAAUCGUUGUUUAAAGUCGUUUUGAAAAAACUGCGUACUUCGAGGGAUAAUUGUAUUACAAAACUUUAAGUUUGUAUUAUAUUAGGUACAAAUAUACAUAUA